CUUUCUUUGUUACCAUAGAACCAUUAAAGCACAGAAACAGGCCUUUUGGCUCUUACUGGCUGUGCCGAACCAUUUUUCUGCCUAGUCCCACUACCACUCUCUGACUUCUCCCAUUGAGCCAAUGAUUAAUCCAGUUUACUACCUCACCAUGUAUAUGUAGCGACUGAAUCUUCCUAACUCACCUCCCAUGCGGAACCUUCUUUUUACUCCUUCUCCUUUCACAGUCCAUGGGCACAAACACGCCUUCCAUGCAAAUCAACUAUUUUCUCACCUUUCUUCCAUUUUAGUGUACUAAACUUGGUGUUCGGAACAAAUGAUCCUCAGUUUGUAACCAGACUCCUAUCCAGAGGUGGGAGUUUUGUAAUGAAGAUAAACACGGUGUAUCCACAUGACUUUUGGUAUCUUGACAAAGGAGAAGGGGCAUUGAUCUGAAUCAUUAAUUCUGUAUCUCUCUCCACCCAUACUGUUCGACCAGAAAAUACCGGUUUGGAGAAAUGAGAAGGAGGGGAUUGUGUGUGCAGGAUCAGCGCGAGAAAAGUUUUCUUUCUACGCACUAGAAACAUCAGAGAAGCAACGCCUUUUCACCAUACGUUAAAGUGGAAGAGCGAACAGUAAACGGUUCAUCUUACUGGGAUCGCGCCUCAUUGACUGGUUUAUACUUGGUGUUUAGUUCAGAGUUUUUACACCUGUGCAAGAACACUACAGUGAAAAGGCAGCAUUACCAGAUGUUUCAAGUCAUCACGAUCAUGGCAUCACGAUCCAGCAUCAAGUUGUUGCCAUCCAGCGCCAGGAGCAGUAGGGCAUCAACAAAUAAGACUGCCCAUGCAAGGCUAAAGCAGAAGCCGCUAAGGUCUGAGUGUCAUAUGCUGAACAGGAAGCAAAAUUGGAAAUGGAAAAGGCUUCCAGAGAAGCCAAAAACCAGUUGGAAAGGGCAAGGAUAAAAGCAGAGUUAGAAGUGCUGACGCUACACCGAGAAGCUGAAGCUCCCUGGGUGGAAGCAGAGAUAUUAGAAAAUACCGAAGAAAUGCAUGUUCUGGAAGAAGUAAAAUCUACUUUAGAAAGGACCCGAUUGGAAUGCACAAACAUCUACGUCCAUUCUCAAAUAGAUUUGAAGAUUCGUUCUUCCUCUCCAUACUUAAAUGCUAACGUCCCACCUCAUGAAGAGUCUCAGAGAGGCCCAAUUGCAUCACAUUCAUCUGAGGAAGAUAAUUUUCCCUUGCAACUUCACGACAAAUUCAAGAAUGAAAUGACUGAUGACAAAUACUUCUCGACACCAAACUUAGCAGCUUUGGCAAGAGAAGAGGCAAAGGCUGAAUUCAGAUCAGCAAAUCCCAUAACAAAUGUACACCCUCAGUCAUAUACCCACCGACAUAUUCCCCCAGCCAGCAUGCCACUUGCAGCUGAAUCCAUGGCACAGUAUUUAGCACGACGAGAUCUCAUCACUUCAGGACUAUACCAGUUUGACGAUAAACCUGAAAAUUACCAUGCAUGGUACUCAUUCGCCAAUGCUAUCGAUGGAGUCCAGCUCGGAGCAACCCAAGAGUUGGAUCUAAUGACAAAAUGGCUGGGAAAAGAAUCAUGCAAACAGGUGAGAUGCAUACGUUCAGUGUACAUCAACAACCCCAAGCUAGCCUUAAGCAAAGCAUGGGAGAGACUUCGGGAGUGCUAUGCGGCCCCUGAAAUUAUUGAAACGGCACUAUUUCGACACCUGGAAAAUUUUCCUAAGGUGUCAGCCAAAGACAAGAGAGCUCGGAGAUCUACUCAUGGAGUUUGAAGGCAGUAAAAAAGAUAGCUAUUUAAUUGGCCUGUCAUAUUUAGAUACUUCAUACGGAAUUAGACCAAUCAUGGACAAACUUCCAUUUGGGCUGCAGGAAAGGUGGGUGUCUGUUGGCUCAGAGUAAAAGGAAAAGAACGAUGGUCAAUUUCCUCCUUUUGAGUAUUUCACUAGGUUUGUGUGUGCAAGGAGGCGAAGAAUUGAAACGACCCUAGCUUCAUGAGUCCAGGUAGCAGUACAAUUCACACCAAGCCAGUCAAAUCCACUUCAAAUAACUUUAACAUCAAUAAACCUGUCUCAGUGCAUAAAACUGAAGUCUCUACAACUAACAAUGACCCUAGCAAGAACUGUCUAUUGCACAACAAACCCCACCCCCUCAAAAAAUGCAGAACAUUUAGGAAAAAACCCCUUGAAGAAAGAAUGGCCCUUCUCAAGGAGAAAAAAAUGUUUUAAAUGCUGUUCCUCUACCUCUCACCUCGCUAAAGAGUAUACAAUCACCGUGAAGUGCCCAGAAUGUAAUAGCACUAAUCAUGAUGGGGCCAUGCAUCCUGGCCCGUUACCACAAACCAACAAAGCUCCUUCACCAUCACAACAGGACUGCGGGGAGGGAGAGGCUCACUCCAGGACAACUGUUGUCAGCUCGAGCUGCACAGAAGUUUGCGGUCAAGCUCAGUCAAGCCGUUCUUGUUCAAAGAUAUGCCUCGCUAAGGUGUACCCUAAGGGAGCCAAAGACAAGGCUAUCAAAGCCUAUGUAAUUCUGGACGACCAGAGCAAUCGCUCACUAGUCAGACCAGAGUUCUUUGACUUGUUCAACAUUGAGAGUAAUCAGUUCCCAUACUACCUUAGAACUUGCUCAGGCAGCGCGGAAACUUACGGAAGGAAGGCAGAAGACUUCCAGCUCGAGUCUCUGGAUGGUAAAGUUGUCAUCUAUCUCCCUACACUCUUAGAGUGCAAUGAAAUUUUGAAUAACCACAACAAGAUCCCGACACCAAGUGCUGUGCGGCACCAGCUGCAUCUUCACCACAUUGCCAAGCACAUCCCAGAACUGGACCCAAAUGCAGAAAUACUCCUGCUACUAGGUGGAGAUGUUCUCUAGGUGCACAAGGUCAGGCAGCA